AUGUCUUCCCCGGUGCCGCUUCUUCGGCCUCCUGUUCCUGGUGCUCGAAGCUCAAGCGGUAGCCGGACCCCUCGUCUGACACUGGGCAUCCCUCCGUCACCCAACCAACGACCUGUGGGCGGAGAAGGAGAACCGGCUCCUGAAGUCCCACGCUUCAGUCUCGCCGCAUCUGGAGCGAAAGGGCCACCAAAACUAUCUCUGGCAACACCGAUGGGAAGUCUGGGCUCAGUACAAGAAGGAGGAACCAAUCUAAGACCACAGAUACAACCAUUGAAUAUAUCUGCAGUCACAGGAAAUGAAGCCAUCAGCAGGCCAAGGGGGGAUAGUUUCCACGCCGCCAGCGUGCCCGGUUCUGCUUCGUCGUCCACAUACUCGGCCCUCUCCUUCGCCAUGCACGGCAGACAGGGAGGGACACCUGACCCUUCCUCCGCGAUAAGUUCGAUCUACUCGGAGGCCAGCAUCGGUGGGACUUCGAUGGAACGAGAAUCAAGUAUGGGUGGAUUGUCUGUGGACUUUGAGAAACUCGCAAUCGAGAAGGGCCGACCGCUAGACGUGGAAGACUUGGACGACGAAGGCUGGGGUGCGGCGAGUGAACAGAAGAAAAUCAUCGAACUGGGUUCUUUGGGCGAAGGGGCAGGAGGGGCGGUGACACGGUGUAUGCUGGAAGGCGGCAAGACGAUUUUCGCACUCAAGAUUAUCACCACCAGCCCCGACCCAGACGUGAAAAAGCAGAUCCUGCGUGAACUCAAAUUCAACAAGAACUGCACCUCCGAAUACAUCUGCCAAUACUAUGGCGCUUUCAUGGACAAAUCCUCGAGCACGAUAUCAAUAGCAAUGGAAUUCUGCGAGGGUGGUAGCCUGGACAGCGUCUACCGUGAGGUCAAGAAACUGGGCGGCCGAACCGGAGAGAAGGUCCUGGGCAAGAUCGCAGAAGGCGUGUUGCACGGUCUCACCUAUCUCAACAGCAGAAAGAUCAUACACAGAGAUAUCAAGCCCUCCAACAUCCUCCUCUGCCGCAAUGGGCAGGUCAAGCUCUGCGACUUCGGUGUUUCCGGGGAAUUCGGUACCAAAGGUGACGCCAAUACUUUCAUUGGCACCUCAUACUACAUGGCUCCCGAAAGGAUACAAGGGCAAUCUUACACCAUCACCUCCGACGUGUGGUCUUUGGGUGUGACGUUACUGGAAGUCGCUCAGCACCGCUUCCCUUUCCCUGCCGAUGGGACGGAAAUGCAGCCUCGUGCUGGCCUGAUUGAUCUGCUCACAUAUAUUGUUGCCCAGCCGAUACCGAAAUUAAAAGACGAGCCCGAGAACGGCAUCAAGUGGAGCGACAUGUUCAAGUACUUCAUCGAGUGCUGUCUGGAGAAGGAACCCCCUCGACGCGCCACACCGUGGCGAAUGCUCGAGCACCCGUGGAUGGUCGAGAUGAAGGCCAAGAAGGUCAGCAUGAGCUCCUUCUUGAAACAGGUGUGGGACUGGAAAGAUUGA